AUGCUUAUAUACACCUUGGAAAGUGAUGCAGUUUGGUUCUCACCCGUCCCUUCUUCUACUCUUCUCCUUUUGGGUUUCGUUUUGCUUUUCAUUCCCCGUCAUUUCACACUCUCUGAAGGCGUGCAGCCUGGCCGUCAAGGAUAUAAGCAAGUCACUCGAGCUGCCGAUGAUACCAAACACUGGCCUCCAUGUUCGUCUGCUCUCAACGACUUCUUGCUUCUUCUCGCGAGGUUGGAAGCAAGACGUCUUGAUGACAAAGCAGAUGAUCAUGUGACAGUCACCCGGAUCUAUGUAGCCCCGGCUCCGCUCCCUUUUCGGCCCCGGCCCGGAAGAGAAAGCAGAACCGCAACGCCGGCCCAGGAGGAGGCCUCGCCAUCCACUGCCGCUGCUGUUGCUGUUGCUUCGCGCUGA